AGGUAGGUCACAGAUUGCUCACUUGCGCCCACUCCAUCCUGAGCAUGGCCACUUUGCGCGUUUCUGCUGUUCUUUGCAGAGCAACCCCAUCGACGCGUCCUGCGCUUCAAUUGCCGAGCAUUGGCUGCAGGAGGUGGACAGCGACUCUCACAGCAGGAUCAAGACCAUCACCACUCCCACCCACGCGCUACUCGUAUGGGUCCACCAAGACAAGCAAUGCAUUCCUAUACAGGACGAGACUGCGACUCCAGCGCACGGCUUCAGUGCCUCCAAUAUCUCCCACCGGCUCAACUCCAGACAUCGCCCUACAGACAUACAAGCCCCCUACCACCGGACUCCUCUCGUACCUUCCACGCUCUUGGGUUCCAUAUGCUGAAUUAAUCCGCCUCGACAAGCCUGCUGGUACCUACUAUUUGUUCCUACCAUGCCUAUUCAGCACGUUGAUGGCGGCGCCCCUUACCAAUCCCGUGGUUCCGCCCACAACUGUCCUUUACACCACUGGCCUUUUCUUCACUGGAGCUCUGAUCAUGCGGGGUGCUGGCUGUACCGUCAAUGACUUAUGGGACCGCAACCUUGAUCCACAUGUCACCCGCACUAGACUACGACCGAUCGCUAGAGGAGCAAUAACGGUGCGCCAGGCAAUUCCAUAUCUUGGAGUCCAGCUCUUCGCUGGCCUUGGGCUUCUCUUGCAGUUUCCUCUGGUGUGUCUCUUCUACGGCGUUCCAUCCCUCUUGCUUGUAGCAACGUACCCGCUGGCAAAGAGGGUGACAAAUUAUCCGCAAGCAGUACUGGGUCUCACUUUCUCGUGGGGUGCAAUGAUGGGAUUCCCUGCCCUCGGAAUUGAUGUACUGAGCGAUCCGACGGCAUUGACAGCUGCUGCCUGCUUGUACGGCUCGUGCGUUGCAUGGACCAUCGUAUACGACAUGAUUUACGCCUAUCAGGACAUCCGUGACGACGCCAAAGCGGGCAUCAAAAGCAUUGCUCUUGCCCAGGAAAAGAACGCCAAACUAUUCUUAUCGGCAGUCUCUGCUGUUCAAGUUGGCCUCCUCGCUGGUGCAGGAAUCGCUAUCGGUGCCGGGCCGGUCUAUUUCCUGGGCACAGUCGCAGGCACUGCCGCCACUUCGGCCUAUAUGAUUCGCAAAGUCGACCUCAAUGAUGUGAAAGACGCUGCUUACUGGUUCUUCAAGGGCGCGUGGAAAUGGACGGGAGGCAUCAUCACGUUGGGACUUACAGGAGAAUAUCUCUGCCAUUACUACGAACUCUACGACAGGUCGGAAAGAAAAAAGGUCGAAGCAGCACCACUUGCGUUCGCACCACCGAGAGCUUGAAGAUAUACUGGCCCACAUCCAACAACGUUGCGUAAAGUUCAGUUAGUGGUUUGCUAUCGUCAGGCCGCGCAUCCACUGCUCGUGCAUCGAUGGACUAUUCAGCGCCCCAGCCGCGACAGGUCUCAGGGUCAAGCUGAGGCCGUCUGCUGUACUGGAACGAGACAUG